AUGUCUAUAUCUUGUUUAAACAUUUAUUCCGAUUUAUCACAUGAACGCUGGAUUCUUAAAAAUUACAAUAACAACACUCAAGAUAAGUAUUCUUCUGAUGUAUUUAAUGAGAUUCUACCUCAACUUGAUCCCCAAAAUUUAUUUUAUUACUACUGGAAUUUAGCUGGUCCAGGCGAAUUUAAGCCUUGUCCCAAAACUGACUUUUUUAAAGAUGGAGACGAUGAUUUUUUUGAUGAAGAUUCAAUUCGCUUGUCUAAAUCGCUUUCCAACUUUAUGAAAGAAUGGCUUUUAGAUAUCUCUACGGCUUACUCCUCUAAGCAGACUAAUAAUUUAAAUUCAAACAUCUUAAGCUUGAUUAGGGAUUCCUUGUUUUUGAGAUCCAAUAACGUACUGAAAGGCUCAAAUGGUCGUGGAGUCCACGGCUUUGUCGUAUAUUCAAAAAAAGAUUUUGACCUGUACGGGUAUUUUUUACGGCUGUGCAGGAGUUCCUUUUGGUUAUCCAAAAAGUGUAGUGAGCCUGGUCCUGGAAAUGAACUUAACAACGAAAGUAAACUAAGCGGAAUCUACACACUUGACUUUGCCGUUUAUUCUGCCCACUCCUUUUCAAACUUCUGUUUCACAAACAGGAAUUACCUUGUUACGUGCUGCUGUGAAAGGUGUACGAGAGUGUUAGACUAUUUGGACAGGAAUCACCACGAUCAGGCUUCAAGUGAAAACCUGAGGAAGUUGCUGCUGAAUGAGCAGAAGAGUCUGACCACAUUUCUCAUUCACAACAGGCAGUAUCAGACUUUAGAGUACAAACUGUUGAAAAUAAGCUUCAACAGUCUGGUCGUAAAGAAAGUCUUCAACGACCAGUUUUACUCUUUAUUUAACGGCUCUGAGUCAGAUUUAAAAUCCUUGUUUCAGUCAUGCUUCGUCCUCUGCAGAAACUUUGAGCUGCUGUCGGAUUACUCAAGUGACAAUACCGAGAACCCUCUAGGCGUAUCGUCUCUGGUCCUUGAUCUUUUGUGUGAAUAUGCUGAGCUUUGGGAGGAAUUGGAUCUGCCCGUAUUCUCAUUUAUCCUCUUGCAAGUGGAAAACACUAUUAGUACUGGCAGGCCAGCCACUCAAGACGACUCUGUAUCUUCAAAUCCACGUUCUCUACUAAACAAUUCCAGCCACUUUAAGUAUUUUAACAUGCUUUACGACGAGGUGGUUAGCGAGACUUUGAAGGUAGAAUAUUUCAAAGACUUCCUUAACCAAUGUUGCGAAGAUCAAGGGUCACACAACACCCAUGUAUUGAGGGCUUUGCUUCGGUUGACGCGAGGGUACCGGCUGGAGGAUUUGAAGGUGCUUACACGCUUGGCUAGGUGCGAAAGUGUAAAGGACAGGUGCGACAACUUCCACGAGGAGGCGCUGAAGUACUUCGAGAGGGCAGUCUCUUUGAAGCCCGUGGUCGAGUUUUCACACAAUCUUGGCCUGAGUCCCGAGGUCUCCUCCUUUUCCAACUUUUUAUACUUCAGUCCUCUGAAACUGCAAAAUGGCCAGGUGGUUUGUAAAAGGGGCUUAGAGGCAAUGGUGCUUCAAGUUGACACUCUUGAAAGGGUCGCCUCCUUCCUAUCUCAGCCGCUUGGCACUGGGUCUCCUGAACGUGAAAACGCCUCCACAGCUCUUGCCAUCACUGGCGACUCUGGCGUUGGUAAAACUACUUUGGCUCACUGCUUGGCCCAGGAGAUGAAUUCUCUUUUUUUCCCCGUUAACGUUCUAAGUUUUCUGAGGCCUCAAGUUGGUUUAUCUGAGAAGUUGUUCCACUAUUUCAUUUCUAAGAUACGCAGUCAUUUUUCUGGUUCAGAAACAGGCACUAGGAGGGACCUGGUCAAGUGUGUAAUUUUACUGGAGGGACUCGAGUCUCUUAACGGCAACGAGGGCUACUUAAAGCGCUUCCUCUCCGGCAUACGCUCUGAAAUUGACGACAUCAGCUCCCAUUCUAAGUUUUCAUCUGAUUAUUCUAUUCUCUUUGUCACCACCUGCCACCGACUAUCUGACUUACCUGAGAAGAUUCGACUGGUUUUCACUGAGGUUAUUUCAAUGGAGGCUCCUAUUAUGGACCGACAAUUUGCAAAACUCUGUUUUGAGCUGUUUCUGAAUCUCAGGUGCGACUUUAUGGAGCGGAUGGACGAUUUGGUCGAGUAUCUGGGCACGAGGAACUAUUUGUGCAAACUCACUCCCCUGAAAAUUGCGACUAUUUCAAAGAACGCGGCUUUGAAAACCGUUGCAGACUCGUCUCUUCUUUUUAGCGGCGAAUUGUGCACAUCAAAAAGUCACAUCAAGACUAGCUUAGUUUGCAUGGAAACAGUGAUUUCAAUUCUGGAUUCCACUCUCACUUAG